AGCAAGGCUGCGCCCGGCAACGCUCUGCUGUUGCUUAUCCUACCCCGAGAGGCUCGUACAGUUACAUGGCCACCAAGUACAUCGUCGGAUCGGUGGCGGCCUCCUUCGCCUUCGCCUACGCCUGCGGCGUCUACGUCGCCGACAGGAAGGUCCUCGGAGGCACGACCCCUCGGACCGUGGCGACGGGCGAGUGGUGGCAGGAGACAGACAGGAAGUUCCAGGGGUGGCCGCGCACCGCCGGCCCGCCGGUCGCCAUGAACCCCAUCAGCCGCCAGAACUUCGUCGUCAAGUCGCCGUCCAAGCCCUGAUGAAGGCGUCACAACGAAGAUCGAUGAUGACAGCGCUGCCUGCUGCUACACCGCCGGUUUGCGUCUCGUUUUCCGGUUCCAAACAAAUUGACAAGCAAACUUGCAUCGAUAUAUGACGGUGCCGUGUACUAGUGUUGACAUGUUGUAGCUUUAUGUUUCAGUACCAGACACGCGACAGUGAAUCUUGCAUUCUAUUCUGAGAAUCAUCUGAGCAUUGUUCUUCGGCUCCGAACAUGACAGAAUGCUGAAAUCAAUUUUUUGUAAGUACCACUUGAGUGUUUUAGUUGUUCACAAAGACUUUCCUAUCUGAGAACAAGAGAUCCGAACAUCGCGAGACGGAAAUGGCUCGAAUCUGAAACACUUUGCACGCAGUUGACCGUUCCAUCGAAUUUCUAGAUCUAUCGGGGGAAGUCAACUGGAUUACCUUUUGUUAUUAUUUAGUUAGUUACCGUAGCAUCUUCAAGAACUCUUGUAUACAUGACAAGUUAGCUAAAAAAACUUA